ACUCAGCUUCCCGGAGAGAGGGAGGGAGCGAAGGCGUGAGCGGGCUCGCGGGGAGACUGGCUGCUUCCAGACCAGCUAACGCUCGAAAACAAGCGACAGCUGUGCUGUAGCUUAGCUAGCUGCUGUCCCCCUCAACCCACAUCUUUAAGAAAAAAAACAAAAGGAAAAAAAAGAAGCGCACGACUCGGGUCUAUUCUCUUAUUACAACUCUGAAUGUGUGCAGCUAAAACACUGCGCUUUUUGCACUGACUCGAGCCUUUUAUGCAACCCAUCCUGCUCGCCAGGCACGACGAUGUCCGACGCUAACACUACUUCUACAGACAACAACGGAGACUCGGGGCUAAACGGGUCCUGGGUGGAGUUGGAGAUGAACAGAAAUCACCAAGCGCAGUCAUUGUCAACAGUUGGCUCUGUUUCGGGCCUGCUGCCGCUCCCUCAGGUGGAGGAAGAGGAGGCCAUAGUGGGAGGCUUGGAGCAUGUCCCAUCCUCUUCUUCAAUCCACAACGGAGACAUGGAAAAGAUCCUGUUGGAUGCCCAGCAUGAAUCAAGCCGCAGCAACUCGUCCUGUGACAGCCCCCCACGACCCCACUCUCCUCAGGAUGAGGGUCAGAUCAUCUUUGACGCGGAAAGAAGAGACAGCCAGUCUGAAGAGGAUGUUUUGGACAAGGAGAAGGACAUGGACAUCUUGAUGAAGGACGCAGAUUGGGUUGCAGACUGGUCUAGUCGACCGGAAAACAUUCCCCCCAAGGAAUUUCAUUUCCGGCACCCCCGACGCUCAGUAACGCUCAGUAUGAGGAAGACUGGGGCCAUGAAGAAAGGAGGCAUCUUCUCUGCAGAGUUCCUCAAAGUCUUCAUCCCCUCACUGCUGCUAUCACACAUCCUCGCUCUGGGGCUAGGGGUCUACAUUGGCAAGAGGCUGACCAUGCCACCCACCAGCUCUUUAUGAGCAUGAACAUGAAGAAAAGUGCCUCAGAAGUGGGCAAGCGUCAGAGGAAGUUUUUCUGUCGUGAGAAGAAUGCUUGUCUCUCCUCCCUGUCCUGCUUGCCCCUAUUACCCCUCCUAAACCCUGAGAUAUGACAUGUUCUCAGGAGAAGUGCAUCCUCUUCCUCCUCAGCCUCCCCUCCUUCCUGCCUCUUGUUUUGUUUUUGUUUUUUUCUUGAUCUACUGUUCUUACUGGCUGUUGAUACUCCCCCUACUCUUGACCUCCCCAAUAUCUUUCACUAAUUUGCAUAAACUUUUCAGAAAU